AUGACAUUUGCCAUUAUAGCUUACAUUACUCUUCUUGCUACAUACAAACUCUGGCUGAUUCGGUUCCUGGAAAAUAUCUACCGAUCCCCAAUAUAUAGCCACGACAGUUUCAUGGAGAUUCUGAUCGGGCUUUCUAUGAUCGAAUUCGCAUUUCUUCAUUACGUUUAUACCCGGGUAUGUUGGCUACAGUCCCCCUUCCUCGCCCCCGGCGGCUAUCCCCAAAAACCAACGGAAUCCUUUGAAACCCAGGGGAACGAAAACAUUCCAUCCCAACCCUCGUACCAGAAUCAGGACGAGCCACAGACUCGGAGAGAACCUGAAUCGACGCAUUGCGAAUGUUGUUUCUUCAACUGGGUGAAGCGCGAUUCCGAGUUAGCUUCAGAGCGAACUCGCAGCGCGAAUAUCGAGGAUAGUCUCGACUCGAGUUCGACAUGGGCCGUCGCUAUUCACGUCUCUUCUUUGGGCCUUGACGGCGACACAUUAGUCAACGAUGGCUUGGUUGAACUUGGCACUGCGGAGUAUCUGGAGGAUCCCGGCACUGACAUUCACCUUUAG